AUGGUCCUGGGCAAACCAGCUCCAUUGGUCAGUACUUUCAGGCUAAGCUACUACUCAAUACUGAAUUUAAUGAGCCGUGCUGAGGGACAAUUUACUGCUGAGCAUGUUAUCAGGAAUUCCUUUCACCAAUUUCAGUAUGAGAAGGCAUUACCUGACAUUGGGAAAAAGGUGUCCAAGCUGGAAGAGGAGGCUGCAGUGCUUGAUUCUUCUGGAGAGGCUGAGGUUACCGAAUAUCAUAAGCUACAGCUUGAGAUAGCCCAAGUUGAAAAGAAAAUGAUGGCAGAAAUGAUGCGGCCUGAAAGAGUUCUCUAUUUCCUUCAAUCUGGUAGGCUGGUUAAAGUAAGGGAAGGUGGCACAGACUGGGGUUGGGGAGUUGUAGUCCAUGUGGUGAAAAAGCCCUCUUCUGCAUUGGGUUCUUUGCCUGCUGCGCUUGCUUCUUCCCGUGGUAGCAGUUAUAUUGUGGACACUUUGCUUCAAUGCUCUUUUGGCUCAAGUGAAAAUGGUUCUCGACCCAAACCAUGCCCUCCUCGUCCUGGAGAAAAGGGGGAAAUGCAUGUGGUUCCUGUUCAGUUGCCUCUUAUUUCUGCACUCAGCAAGCUCAGGAUUGCUGUUCCUUCUGAUUUACGUCCAAUAGAAGCUAGACAGAGUGUUCUGCUUGCCAUUCAGGAGCUCGAAAAACGUUUUCCACAGGGCUUUCCAAAGCUUAAUCCUACGAAGGACAUGGGUAUUGAAGAUCCGGAGGUUGUUGAGCUGGUUAACCAGAUUGAGGAACUUGAACAGAAAUUAUUUUCCCACCCACUGCAUAAGUCUCAAGAUGAACAUCAGAUUAGAAGUUUCCACAGAAAAGCGGAAGUGAAUCAUGAAAUUCAACAGCUGAAGUCAAAAAUGCGUGAUUCACAGCUUCAAAAAUUUCGUGAUGAACUUAGGAACCGCUCACGGGUUCUUAAAAAGCUGGGUCAUAUUGAUGCUGAUGGUGUUGUUCAGUUGAAAGGACGAGCAGCGUGUUUGAUAGAUACAGGGGAUGAGCUCCUUGUUACUGAAUUGAUGUUCAAUGGUACCUUUAAUGAUCUUGAUCAUCAUCAAGUUGCUGCUCUGGCAAGUUGCUUCAUUCCAGGAGAUAAAACAGGGGACCAGAUAGAAUUAAAAGCUGAACUUGCUAAACCACUGCAACAGCUUCAAGACAGCGCUAGAAGAAUAGCAGAGAUACAACGUGAAUGCGGACUCGAAGUAAAUGUGGAGGAAUAUGUGGAGGCAACAGUUAGACCAUACUUGAUGGAUGUGAUCUACUUGUGGUCAAAGGGAAAAUCUUUUAAAGAAGUUACAGAAAAGACAGACAUCUUUGAAGGUAGCAUUAUACGACAAGCUAGAAGGCUGGAUGAAUUUUUAAAUCAGUUGAAAGCUGCUGCUAAUGCUGUCGGGGAAGCUGAUUUAGAGAACAAGUUCACAGCAGCUAGUGAGAGCCUUCGCCGAGGGAUAAUGUUUGCAAAUUCACUGUACCUCUGA